ACAUUUUUUGGUCCCCUCCAUGUCCAUGCUUCCAAAAGUCUAAGCUUACCCUCUUCAAAUGACAAGACUUACGGCCAUGGCGUCCUCCAUCUCACCUUCCACAUUCUUAUGCACAUCUUUUGCAAGCUCCAAGUCGGCUACUUGCUCCUUGUCUCCUUUGCUUUCACUUCGGAAACCCUCGCCUUUCCGUUUCUCCACCUGGUUUCCUCAAUUGGGUCCUUCCAUUUUCUCUCAAUGGAGUGGUCUGAAGCAUCUGGGCAUUUCUAUCUCACCAAAAUCUCUUAAAUCGGAAAGAAGGGGAAGAUGUAAAGGAAAGGUGGUCCAUGCAUCUUUGUUUGGGGUUGGAGCACCUGAGGCUUUGGUAAUUGGGGUGGUUGCUUUGUUGGUAUUUGGUCCGAAGGGUUUGGCUGAGGUUGCUAGGAAUCUGGGAAAAACAUUGCGAGCAUUCCAACCCACAAUUAGAGAACUUCUGGAAGUCUCAAGGGAAUUCAAGAGCACCCUUGAACGAGAGAUCGGUCUUGACGAAAUGCCAAGUUCAACACAGAACACGCCGAAUAGAAACAGCCCCUAUAUAAGAUCUCCUCCAACCCCUUCACCGUUUAACAGCGCCGAGGAAACUGGUAGUGAGGCUGACCUGGGUUUCAUACAAUCAGUAAACGAGGCGUAUACUAGUGAAGAGUACUUGAAGAUCACAGAAGAGCAGCUAAAAGCUUCAGCUUCGAAACAGCAGGGCCAGACCGCCUCUCCUGGAGAAACAGAACUAGGAUCCCCAAAUCAAGAUGCAGCUACUACCAAGGAAACCGUGGCUGGUGGGAUGCUUCCAUCUCGGAAACCUGACAGCGAGACAUGAAAUGACAGUAAUGGGGAUAGAAAGAUCGAGUAAUCUUACAGAAGCCUCGGAGCAAGGGACUGUAGCCUUGUCAACAAGUAUAAAAAAAGGAAAGAAACACCACGUUUUGUUCCUUUACGAUUCUUCUAAAUUUUGAUUGAUUGACUGUAUAUUAUUAGUUAUUUGCAAAUGUUUUUGUCCGUACGUAGUCGGCUAGGGUAAUUGUACUACAUAAUUUGA